AUGUCGACCCGUAGAACUGGACUCCGCUCGCGUAGAGACGCUCAACAGCAGUCUGAACCUGACACGCCAGAUGCCACGCCCUCGCGGAAGCGUAGGCGGGUGAGCAGCCCAACCACUACCAGUGUUGCGGCGAACUUGUACUCACUCGCACAGUUGAAUGGCUCCGCCCAAGAGGCGCCUGCCCCGGCCGCCGCAGACCCUCCCCGUACACGCAUCACCGAAUCCGUCGCUAGUAACGACUCCAACACGACACUGCCCAACGGCGGAGACGCAGACACUAUGGAUCCCAUAGAGCGCCAGAACCUCGUUAUCGCUGCUCUCCGCGUGCCCAGCUAUGUGCCCAACGCCGCUAUCGAUUAUGCCAACGACCUACAGUCUCAGCGCAAUGAGGGUAAGAACAUUGCGGCCUUUGCCAAGAUUGCUGCGCGCGACUGGUGCUUCUUCGUUCAGGACACGCAAGUUAGAAUUGGUCGUGUAGACUCGAGAGAACGCAACAACCAGCAGGGCUCCCAGCCUGAUAUCGCUGGACUGCCUACCAGCGAGCCUCAUCGCCAGGACUGGGGCGUGCACAUAGAUCUUGGCCCUGAGCGCCAGAUUUCCCGCGUCCACGCCGAGAUCAACUUCGAGAUUGAUGAUCAGCAGUGGUACAUCACUGUCAACAGCCGUAACGGCCUCAAGCUGGACGAUCGCCAUCUGACCAGAGGAGACAAGGCGCCUCUGCACUCGGGUAUCUGCAUCAGCAUCAUGAGCACACAGAUGUUGUUCCUGCUUGCCAAUCAAGAAGACCACUUCCAUCCCAUGUUGUGGCGUCAAGUCAAGAGCGAGGAUGCUGCUGAGUCUGACAACGAUGGCAACCCGCCGCCCAAGUCGCAUCAGCAUGCCCAUCCUAGCGGACCUACACCCAAGCGUGAUCAUUACGACCCGUUUCCACCAUCUUCACACCCCCGCAACAAGCACCAAUCUUCACAAGCAUACUACAACCAAAUGACAUCCACACCAGGCUACCCACAACCUGGCACGCCGAUGACUUUCCGGGGCGAGAAAGACCCACGCGGCAAGGGCUCUCCUGCUACCUUCUCUCGCGCAGUUGUGUUGGAGACUGGAGACAAUACCGACUAUAGUUUGGACGCCAAUAAAGAUGUCAAGCCGCCCCACAGCUAUGCCCAGCUCAUCGGUCAAGCAAUCCUUAGCAGCGAGGAAGAGAUGCUCACACUUGCAAACAUAUACGACUACAUCAAAGCUCGGUAUGCCUUCUUCCGGUACACAAACAGUGGCUGGCAGAACAGCAUCCGGCACAACUUGUCUCUCAACAAGUCGUUCGCCAAGGUUGCACGCCGUACCGAUGAGCCUGGCAAGGGCAUGAAAUGGAAGAUCGCGGAUUCCGAAAAGGAAGAGUUCAUCAAGAAGCAGCUGCUGAAUCCUCGUAAGGGAGGUGGAGUUCAGAUCGGAUACCGCAUAGAAGGCUCCGGGCCUAGUUCGCCCGCGCUAGGAAAUCCGUCUCAGGCCACCGAGCGCCUCGUUGGUGCUCUGGAGUGUGAUACUCGCAGUGGUCAAUACUCUGCCCGUGUCAAGUCACCUCCACGAUCUGCUACGCCUCCGCUAUCGUCCGUUCCAAUGGCAAACGAAUCAUACACUCCGGAUCGCGGCCCACGUCCGUUUGGAGGCUUCAAACAAUCACCGACCAUACGCGACCAGGAUCGCUUCGUUACUCCAGCGAAGCGCCUCAUGUAUGGUGCCAACGAAAGCCAAAGCCUUCCCCAUAUCAAGCAGGAUGAUCGCAACUUGGAAUCCUCACCUGGUGUAGACCCUGUCAAACAAAGCGUCCCAGGUAUGAAGACUGACGUGGGAAACUCACCGCCGACUUUGUACUCGGAUGCCGGAUCGCAUCAUAUGAGCGGUGGUUACGAUGCCGGUCGAAUGAACAACGCACUUGUAACGCCACUUGUCUCUCGCCAUGCGCCUCGUCUCGCACCUCCCAGUACUGCCCAGAUGCCUAGCCAGUACAUGGCAUUCUCCAGCCCUGCACCUUUCUGGAAGUUCGUCGACCUUCCCAGCACACCCGCCAAAGCACCCCUUGAGUUGAGUCCUAUCAAGCUACAGCGUCCAGACUUUAAGGAUGGCGAUGACGAGGACCAUCCAAGUUCACCGCCCAUGCUGCCAGACAAUAGCGCAGAGCCUGAAGAUGAGGAAGACCGAGACCAAGACGGUGAUGAUAAAGCCGAUGAAGAUGAGGAUGUUGGUCCAGAAAGUCCAAGCCGUACUGUCUCUCGACCUGUUAGUCGCCGGGAUCUUGGAAGUCAGCAUCAACGCUCGCGGUCGAACAGUAAUGUCAACGGACUUGGAUUGGGUAUUGUCGGCAAUGGAGGAAUGGUACGUGGUGCUAGCUUGACAAGCUUCGAGGAAGAAGCCGAGCCUGAAGAGGAGAGCUACGAUCUUUCAAAGGGUUUCCAGAAAAUUGGCUCCUUCCACCGCAGCAUGGCACAAGCCCACGGCCUCGGCAGCAUCGGUAGUCGGGCUACGGCUACACCGCCUCCUCAUCUGAGUCGCACAAGUGUUCCUGCGAACAUGUAG